CAAACAUACACAAACCGUCUUUGCUCGCCGGCAAUGGAGAAACACAGGUGUAAGUUAUGUUUCAAAAGCUUUGCAAAUGGAAGAGCUUUGGGUGGUCAUAUGAGGUCUCACAUGUUGAAUCUUCCCCUUCCUCCCACAGUUGUAGAGCAAGAACGAUCGACGAAUCAACUCAGUAAAGACUUGGAGUCGGGUUCUUAUUUGUCGUCGCCUUCAUCAGAAGGGGAAGAGAAUCCAAAGACAAGUGUUCGCUUGGUAGAUCCUGAGUUCGUUGAUGCUGGCUCCGUUGUUCUUCAAGACAGAGAAAGCGAGACCGAGUCGUCUAAGAACUCAACUCGGAGACGAUCUAAACAGACUCGGAGGAUACUAGCAAAUCAGCAACAAGAAGAAAGAAAGAGGAUUAAAGUUAACAACAACGACAAGAAGGACAACAGGCUAAGUAGGACCGAGUCUUGGGCUGAUCCAGAACCGGUGAGUUCGAUCUCCGACACAACAACUGAAGAUGUCGCUUUCUGUCUUAUGAUGCUCUCGAGGGACAAAUGGAAAAGCAAAGUAGUAAAUCGAGAUGAUGAUGACGAUAAAGAAACAGAAAUUUACUUCAAAUCAAGCAAGGUUAAUAGAACAAGUCGAGGUAAAUACUGGUGCGAAACGUGCAACAAAGCUUUUAAAACGUACCAAGCACUGGGUGGACACAGAGCGAGUCACAAAAAGAUGAAAGCUUACCCGCCGCCGGCAACUCAUGAAACAGAAAAUAUGGGCACCACCGCUACUAGUUCACUGACAGACCAGAAAAUCCACGAAUGUCCUGUCUGUUUUAGAGUCUUCUCAUCGGGUCAAGCCCUUGGUGGACAUAAAAGAUCUCAUGUAAUAACUGGUAAAGCAGCAGCCCCUGUUCCAAGUUCCAAAAAAUUAGGAGACACUUUCAUAGAUCUCAAUCUCCCUGCUCCGACCGAUGACGAUGAUGCCAGCCAAAUUGAACUUUCCGCCGUGUCCGAUGCUGAAUUUGUGAACCACAUGCAAAGGUAAAACUUUUGAACUAUUUUCGGCAUCUAAGAAUUUUGCUCCAUAGUUAAAAUUCAGGCUUUGUUAAAGCCUUUUUCCUGCUAUUCAUAACUGUAAUUCUUUUGUCUGGAUUGUCUUCGAAAGACCAAGUUUUUA